AUGGAUAUCAGUAAUGACACUGUUCCAUCAGAAUUCAUCCUUCUGGCAUUUUCAGACCUUAGUGAAUGGCGUUUCAUCCUUCUUGGAUUUAUGCUCAUUGCCUACCUUUUUAUAGUAAUGGGGAAUCUUCUGAUCAUCUUACUUAUUUGCUUGGAACCAUGCCUUCAAACCCCCAUGUACCUUUUUCUGAGCAACCUUUCCCUCCUGGACCUCUGCCAGACUACAACCACCAUUCCUCAGAUAAUAGUGUUCUUGAUUUCAGGGGGAAACACCAUCUCUAGUGAAAGAUGCCAGGCACAACUCUUCUGCUUUGUGUUUUUCAUUGGCACUGAGACAAUUCUGUUGGGUGUCAUGGCUUAUGAUCGGUAUGUCGCCAUCUGUAAUCCCCUCCGCUACCAUGUGGUCAUGAGUCAGAAAAUGUGUGCCCAGCUUGUAUCAGCUACCUGGUUGACAAGUUCACUCAAUGCCACUGUGCAUAUUAUUUUCACCUUCCGUUUGUCUUUUUGUGGUGUCAAUGAGAUAAACUACUUCUUCUGUGACAUCUCUCCUCUUCUAGCUAUCUCCUGUGGGGGCACCUCUGACAGCAUCACAGCAAUGCUGGCCUGUAGCCCUGUAAUGGGGUUUGGACCAGUCAUGUGCAUCAUGAUGUCCUACAUUCACAUCAUCUGGAGGAUUCUGAAAAUGACCUCCUCAGCUGGGAUGAAGAAGGCCUUUUCUACCUGUGCUUCUCAUUUCACUGUUGUCAUACUUUUUUAUGGAAGCUCUAUUUUUACAUACAUCCGACCUCUCUCCAGCUACUCUCUCAAUAAGGACAGAAUGAUUGCCCUUGUUAACAACAUUCUCUCCCCUAUGCUUAACCCGCUGAUCUACACCCUAAGGAACAAAGAUGUAAAGAUGGCACUGCAAAAGCUGAUGGCAAAGAAAUUGGUUUCUUGA